AUGCUCUUCAGCCCCCUCCUAGCGCUGGCCGCACUCUCUCUAGCCCUCUGCUGGGCCUCAACCGUCCCCAUUGCCUUUGACGAGCUGGACUCGACCCCAUCCUACUACUCCGCAUCCGCUUCAAAGGCCCGUGUCGCCACAGUCAUCAAGAGCAGGCAGACCAGCAAGGAGGCCAUUCUCCGCCGGGCAGCUGUGCGGGCGACUAGAAAAUUGAGUGCGCCCAGAGCAUUCUCGUCCACCUCUCCUAAUGGCUUCACCGGCAGUACUUUCGUCCUCCAGCGAACGGGAACGGGGUCAUAUAUCGGCCAAGCGACCACUACCGACUCUUUUACACAGGGCUACACUCUUCAGACCGCCACCCGCUUCAAGUUUGACUCGAAAUUCCGCAUAGUCACCGCAAGUGGUGGACUCAUCAUGUACUCUGCCAGCAACACCGCCGGUCCAUCAGCUAUCUCCGCAGACACAGAAACGACCAUCGCAGGCACGGCGGCCAAGUCCAUCUUGACAUGCAAGAUCGACUCGUCCAGGCUGCUCUCGUGCAGUCGGUUCACCACCGCCACUGCCGGAACGUUCUGCCUCAACGUCCAAACUACAGCGGCGAAUCCCAGCGACACUACCAAAACCAUCGCUGGGUUCGGAAAUACCUGCACGCAAUUCCGAACGCUGUCUCUCACCGAGGUGGAUGUAUAG